UGGUGCACUGACCCUGCCUGCGACAGGCGAGGAGUCAGAGGACCAGGGCCAUGAUUGGCUCUCCUGGCCCUGGUGGGCGUGCCUUAGUGCCAUGGCCGAGGAUGUGGCGAUGGGUCCUGGCUUCUUCACUGGUUGCCAUAAUAACCAUGACGCUGCCAGGAAGUAGCCAGGCCUGUCCGCCACGGUGCGAUUGCUCGGCUCAGCUGAGGUCGGUGUCGUGCCAGCGGCGUCGGCUCACCAACAUCCCAGAGGGCAUCCCCACGGAGACACAACUCCUAGACCUCAGCAAGAACCGGCUCCGCUGGGUGCAAGCAGGUGACCUGGCACCGUACCCGCGACUGGAGGAAGUGGAUCUCAGUGAGAACCUCAUCGCCACAUUAGAGCCCAAUGCCUUCGCCAGCCUCCUGAGUCUUAAAGUGCUGAAGUUAAGGGGAAACCAGCUGAAGUUAGUGCCCAUGGGGGCUUUUGCCAAGCUGGGCAAUCUGACCAGCCUGGACCUGAGCGAGAACAAGAUGGUGAUUUUAUUGGACUACACCUUUCAAGAUCUGCGGAAUCUGAAACAUUUGGAGGUGGGAGACAACGACCUGGUUUAUAUCUCCCACAAGGCAUUCUCAGGGCUGCUGGGGCUGGAAGAUCUCACAAUAGAGCGCUGCAACCUGACAUCCAUCUCUGGCCAGACGCUGUCUUACCUGCGCAGCCUGGUCUCCCUUCGCCUCCGUCACCUCAGCGUCAUUGCCCUGGAGGACCAGAACUUCCGCAAGCUCUCUAACCUGAGGGGUCUGGAAAUCGAUCACUGGCCGUACCUGGAGUACAUCUCCCCUCUUUGUUUCCAGGGCCUGGACCUCCACUGGCUCUCCAUCACCAACACCAACAUCACCUCUGUCCCCUCUGCUUCCUUCAAGAACCUGGCUCACCUCACCCACCUCAACUUGUCCUACAAUCUCAUCACCACACUAGAGCCCUGGGCCUUCAAGGACCUGCUCAGGCUGAAGGAGCUCAUCAUGGUAAGCACAGGGUUGAUGACAGUGGAGCUCCAUGCCUUUGGAGGCCUUCGACAGAUCCGGGUCCUCAACUUCUCCUCCAACGACCUGCAGACUCUAGAAGAGGGCUCCUUCCACUCUGUCAACAGUCUGGAGACCCUCAGAGUGGACGGGAACCCCCUGUUGUGUGACUGCCGUCUGUUGUGGAUCCUGCAAAGACGCAAGACCCUCAAUUUUGACGGCAGAGUGCCGGUGUGUGCGGGGCCGGUGGAGGUGCAAGGGGUCAGCCUGAGCACCUUCACCGAUUCAGCACUCUUCGAUCACUUUACAUGCCAGAAACCUAAGAUACGCAACCGUAAGAUGCAGCAGGUGAUUGCUCGUGAGGGCCAACCCGUGAGUUUUCUGUGUCGAGCCGAAGGAGAACCUGCUCCUGCUAUUAUCUGGAUUUCCCCACAGCGCAGACGGAUCACAGCUAAGAAUUCUGGGCGCAUCACUGUUCUCCCGAGUGGCACCCUGGAGAUCCGCUACGCCCAGCUCACUGACAGCGGGACAUACAUCUGCAUCGCCAGUAACGCCGGAGGCAAUGACACCUACUUUGCCACACUCACAGUGCGUGGCCAGCCGCUAGAUGCCGCCUCAGCCUUCUUUCUCAACCGCUCGCUGUACAGCGGCGAGUUCUUCAACGACACAAAUCUGAACAGCACGCGUGUUUUCCUCAAGUUUACCUUGGACCUGACCACCAUCUUGGUCUCCACGGCAAUGGGUUGCAUCACCUUUCUGGGGGUGGUCCUCUUCUGUUUCCUGCUGUUGUUCGUGUGGAGCCGGGGACGCGGCCAACGCAAGAACAACUUCACAGUGGAGUACUCCUUCCGGAAAUCUGAACCCGCUACUGGCAGCUCCACAGGAGGGACCAGGAAGUUUAACAUGAAAAUGAUAUGAAACAACGCAGCCAGGGGUCCCUCGGGGGAGGCAUGAGCACGUCCCAAAAACGUGUUUGACGCACGCAAACACACACAGCCACUGACUCACAAAGAAGUUUGAAAGCACACAACAAGUUCCUGUUAAUGGCUCUAUUCAAAAUUGAGAGCUCACUUAAAAAAUGCAGCCAUGACUCGAUUUGUGAAUGAAAACCAAAUGACCCUGAUCUCUCCGCCUCUCGUGGUUUUAUUCAGCUUGUGGUGAAAAACAUGUCUGAAUGAUACUGUAGAAAACUACAGUAUUGGUAGAUUUUAACUUGUCGUCCAUGCUUGAUAAGAAUAAUAGAGUUAAGAAUUAUAGGAGAUAAGUUUUGGAUAUUGGUAUGAUUACUGAGCUGUUGGAUACCGAUACCCAUUUUCUCUUUCAUUUAAAUUCCCCUUGACUGUUCUGUGCAGUCAAGGAUUUUAAAGGACAAGUGAUACAGGGAGACCUGGCUACCAUCCAUUUCUAGAAUGUGUAGCUUUGCUCGUCUAAAGUCUGCCUCGUCACGCAUGUAGAGAGUUAAGUUGUAAUUUCACCGAAUAAAACAAAUUGUUUUGAAAAAUAGUUUGAAUAUGUUUUUCUAAAGAACAGCCUCAUGUACAGUGAGGAGCUUUCUUAAUUACAAUUAUUAUAUGUCAAGCUUCAUGGAUGUAGACUAUGAGCAGGAUUUGGACCAUUCACAUUAAUGACAAUAAGAUUCGGCCUUUUCUUCUUUGUGAGAUUUUGCGACACCGUUAGCUGUGUGAGUUUGGGACGAGCGCACUGGCCGAGAGCUGCCGUGGCUGCCCGUGUGGCCCGGAGGGUUUGGUUAGGAAGUCAAGACCACCGGACACGGGCAGACACGGUAACAUAGCAACCAACACAUCAGAGAGCACCGGGCCGGUGGUCACUGGAGGGUCGCUGGCUACAUCACAAGCCCUCUUUGUGCUUUUUCAUCAACAGGAGAGGUCAACCUGCCGCCCUCCAACCUUCGUCCCCGCCCUCUAAUGUGUUGGUAGACGACUGACCUUCCCAGCGCUGCCAGGGGGGAGCAGCCUGGAGAGUCAGGUCAAACUCAGAGGCAGACAGAGGACACACAGUAACACUGUCAGGGUCUUCAAGUAAACACGUUGUAGUCGUGGAAUACACGCAUAGCAACACAUGUUUAACACCUUUUCUCAGGAAAAGUGAAACAACUAGCCAACAGAGUGAGACAAACAUGCUCUGUUCUAAUAUAACAUUCCAGCAAUACUGUAAGUACAGCCAUGAAGCCAAAACUGAUGUAAAUGUUUGAGUGAAGAAACAAAGCCAUAGUAUGUAUAGGUUGUGUUUUUUCUACGGUAGCGUGUGCAUGAUUCCGUUAUAUGAUAAUAAUUAUUGUAACUGCCAUCUUACAAGCUGGUGUGACGAUCACAAAACCAUCUGCUGUUGCUGGGCUUGCAAAAAGUUUCACCCCAUAACACAUGUACACACACACACACACACACGCACACGCACACACACAGAAGUGAUUAAACCUCAUCAAGGCUACUUCGAUUGAUAUUAACAACAAUCACAGUUACACAUGAAUAAACAUACAAAGUGUGACGCUGUCUGCUCUCUCUCUGCCUCUGAGACGGUCGGUGUGCGAAUGUCUCUGCCCCCCUAGCCCAGUGCAUCCCCCCCUCCUCACCCCCACCCCCACACACCCCCACUGGGUCCUCCUUUGGGAGGGGUCCCUGGCUGGAGACCAAGGAUUAAAAAUGUAAAUGAAGUCGUGUUAACCCUACCCACGCCAUGUGCAUCGUAUAGUGGAGAGUAGUACUGUGGUUUUAAAAACAAAAAAAACAACAAAAAAGUUUAUUUGUUUAUUUUAAUUUCCUCAGUUAUAGUUCGCUGUGACCUUUUGGGUGUUUACCGUUUUAAAGUACCCCGUCCUCCGUCUGGGACUGUUCUGUUCUCAACACCUGAUGAAGUUUCCUCACACGAGACAGCGCCUGUUUGCUUAUCAGUGUGCAUAUUAACUGGAGCCAGACAUCAAGAAAAAACAUCAUCUAAAGCAGUGGUUCCUAACGUAGAGUGACAGUUUAAAGCGAUCAGGUGGUGGACCGGGUAAAAGAGAAGAACAACAAUAGUCUGCUGUACAAAGUAAUAUUAUUUUUCUGACUAACUAAAUUAUAUCCCCUAGCAAAGUAUUUACACAUUACUAAAGUCUUUAUGAGCGAAGACAUUUCAAGUUUUAAUGGUAAACUGAUUUUACUAAAUCACUAUUUUGGAACUAGCUAGUAAUUGAUAAGAAUUUAUGAAGGACUUUGCAAACUAACUUAGUGACGGAUUUAUAAAUAGCUGGUGCUAUUCAUGUCAUUGACGUGUCGUUUGAAAAAACAACGCAUCUAAAGCACAACAACACUGUAUGAAAACAAGUUUACGGUUUGUAAAAUAAUUUGCCGCAGCUAAGAGAACCUCAAACUCUCGAAACCUUUGCAAAAUCAAUCCUGCCAACUCCAUCUGUGUCCCUUGUGAGGGAUGAUGAAACCACAGCUUCUGUGUCAGGAUGAAUAACUCAACAGCUGUUAAAGAUUCAUGAGGCCGAACGAGAAUAGAAGAAACAAAUUGGCUUGGCCUGUUUUUUUAUUUGAUUUUACACCGCCUUUAACAGUGUCAGCGGAUAUUUUUGUGUUGAGAACAGGACGUCUCCUUCAUGGACGGUUCCUCUCCCCGAGCCGAGCCUUUUGUGUUUCCAUUCCCCGGUAUUUCUCAGUGGAAACUAGCUUUAGAAGACAGUGGGAAUGUCUGUAGUGAUUGACGAUGGUGUUAUUAUUCAAACAUCAAUCACUAGUGUAAGCGUAGAUGAGGGUGUGUUUGGUUUUAUUUUUAUUAUCUCCUUCUUCCCCUCUUUACCGUCCUCCUCCCCUCUUCCUGUUCCCUGUCUUCUUAACAUCACCACCCUCGUUGUCCCUGUUCACAGUAUUAGGCUGGAUUAUGGUUGUGUGGUAGUAGACACGUAUUCUGUGAGUCAGUGUUGUCGUGCUAUGAAUUGUUGCUCCUCGUGAUGCCAUCGAACACGGAGCAGUGAUUAGAUCAGUGGAGACAAAAGAUGAAAGGGGUGACCCAGGUUCCCUAUUAAAAAAAAAACAAUAAAAAAUAAAAAACAUUGGUUCCCAUUUCACACCCUACUCAUUCCUGAAAAAACACUUCUGGAACUUUCCCACUCUGCUCAGUGCUGGGAUCAUUCUCUGGAUAUGAAAACCCACAGACUGCACUGUAUGUAUUUUCUCUGAUCAUAUCUUGCCACACUUUAACUUACAAUUGUGAAGAGGAGGGUUGUGUUGUUUAAUACCGAGACGAUGAGCCUGCACUCACUUUCUGCCUCCUGUGGUUAACUUUUUUGUCAAGGAAGCCACCCAUUAACUAAAACAGACAUUUUUAAGGAAGGUCAAGGUUGAAAAUAAGCGCUUGUAUCUAUUCAAGCCCCACAAGUCUUUGAAAGCUAGCAGAAGCUUUUAUUUUUUUAUAUUUCCUUUCCCCUUCACUUUGAUUAAAUCUGUUAUCAAAGACUUUAGAAACAUGUUAACAUUUUAAUUGAUAGACACUUUUGUUCCCAGUACACACAGCUUUGCAGCGAAGCAGUCUCCUCAGUCUCGCUGACAGACUCUCUGUGUUAGUGGAGCUUGAUUCAUCUCCUCUGCCGUGAUACUUGGGAAUGUAGGUUGAGCGAUCCCCCGCUCCCUCCUCCGGUUCGCCCUUGCCUGGGGUGUACUGUAGUCUAGACGCCUUAUUUACAGCAGCAGUAACCUCACUUUUAGGAUACCUUCCACCGGGGAACUCUUCAAAGACGCAGACCAAAAUAAGACAAUCCUUUGGACUCCAAUAAUCAUGGUGUCAUAACCAGCUGAGCCUGAAUUAUUCCGCUUUUAGUUUUUGUAACAUUGUUUCCAUUCUUUGUCUCAGUUAAAGGACCAGUCUCAGCUGUUCUCUCAAUAUUUGGCCAAGACGUCUGCAUGUCAACAUGCAUUCCUUUGUUUUUCCUGUUAUUUCUGACUCCAUAUUAGCUCUAAAUAAAUCCAUCUCCUCCUCCAGAUCCUACAGCUGCUGUUUCAAUUGGAUUAGACUUGAGUUGAAUUAUCGGAGCUGAGAGGAGCAGUAAUGUAAUGACGGAGAAGUGAGCGCGGCUGAUUGGGUCAUUACUUGGCUUAUUAGUUCGAUUUCCAUAACAGACCUCUCAAAACAGCAUGCCAUACAAAGCCUGGAGGCAGAAUCCAUGGGGGUUUUUUUUAAUAUUUUAUAUAGAUAGAAGAAUCUAUAUGGGUGAGAUAGAAAUAUUACACAUGGUAGUUUCUUUUAACUGGACAAAGAGAUGGUAAUACGAAGCAGCACAACUGCUUCAUCUUAACCUUGACAAUUGCAACUGAUUCCCCCCCCCCCCUCCCAUUUUUUCUAUGUGGCAAUACUGACCCCAUGUGGUCAAAGUGAGUAACAGCAAGUAAUGGGACCAUUAUACUGCUGAUGUACCAGUGUUAAUGUACGUAGGGGGGGGGGGGGGGCGAAAAAACAACAGCUCUGUGUCUCAUACAGUGAAACACGAAGGAGAGCAAAUUGACUGUUAGAUUUAUAAGUCAGUGCUUCACUGAUUCUUCUUAUAGUCAUAGCGUGACCUCCUCUCCGCUGUGGGUGUCCUGUCCUGGGUUUGCUGUCAGCCACCUGUGAGGGAGUUAUAAACAGAGGCCUCCAUCUGAUCAAAAGCAACAGUUCUGACCUGGUUUGCUGGGACUCGGUGUGUAGAUUAUAGAAAUACUUUCUGACGCCCCCGCCAGUCUCUCCACCUUCACAACAAACAGUAACAAACCCAUGAUACAAAAAAAAGUCACAGUAUCAUUCUUUCUCUGUAUAUGACUGACCGGCAAACGGUUGGUUCCUCUCUAGAGAAUAAAAAAAACUUUCUUUCUUGUGUUCUUAGCAGGUUUAAUCUAUGCAUGCCUUUUGUAUACAGUGAUUGGUCUUGCCAAACUCUCACCUACACUUGUACGGAGAGCUAUGGGGGCCAUUGUUGCUGGCCAUGGGACUGGUUGAAACAGACUUACUGUAAGAGCAGGUGGGACCAUUGAAGUGUUUUUAAUCUGGCACAAAGCAAAGGGAGAAAAUAAUGACCUGCACUCACAGAUAUUUAAAGAAGUUUGCAUUUUACAGAAUAAGCAUUUGUUUACUUGGGAUGAUUGUACUUUUACACAUAUCCAUCCACACACAGGGGAUGUGUAAGCUGUAGAUAAAACGAUUGAUAUUCCAAGCAGGAUGGUGGGACUGAUCAAUGCUGUAUGGGGAUAGGAUUAUUAAUGGCAUACUUUCAUUGAUCUAUCUUGAACCUUGCCACUCUCCCAGGAUCCCUCUGGAGUUGGAGGAGGCGUACAGAGCUCUUACAGACCUGGUUGGCACCCAUUCCUAGGUUUCCUCAUUACCUUUUAAGAUGAUUUUCCUCUUAAGAACGAGAUGGUGCCAGAUUUCGACUUUUUUUUCCCCCAGGUCUGAGCUGAUGUAACGCUGUCUUACCUCUCCCACUCUUCAGAGGAAGCUGUCACUAUGGUAUAGCUCUGUAUUUGUUGGAGCCCUCUAAUGGAAAAUAUAGUGUAUUUCUCAAUUUGGCAGGGGAGAACGUACUCUCUCUUUUCUCUCUCUGUCUUCUCUCUCUCUCUCUCUCUCUCUCUCUCUCUCUCUCUCUCUCUCUCUCUCUCUCUCUCUCUCUAUCAACCAACUUGGCACCGACCUCGUUAAACAUUUCAGAAGACUUUUCAUCGAUCACUCGUAGUUUUUUGCGCUAAUGCAUAUUUGUUCCCUGUUGACACGGUCGUUACUCACCCCUGAAACCUAGGAAUGGGUGCUGAGCGCUCCAAUUAAAUGCAGAGCUAACAUAAAGACAAGUUGUUCAGCUUGUCAGAUUGAAUGGUGUCAACUGAUCAAUCAUUAAAGCACAUGACUGCCUCUUAAUAGAGGCUGCGAGUACUACAUUUGGACUCUCGUCCUCUCUGACUGUACCUGAAUUAUAACGUUAAAAUGUUGGAUCCUUGGAUGUGAAGAACAGAAACUGUACAUAUUAGAUCUAUUAGCCAUAUCAUGUCAUCAAAUCUGUAGACCUCUUUGCCAUGUCUGACAGAGGAAAAUGACUGUUGAACUGUAAAUAGUGUAGGUAUAGUAAUAUAGGAUUUAACUGCUGCUUCUUUUCUCCAGGGAUCACCCAUGUUUUGCUCAGUCCCAUGGCUGCUUGGUCUCAAAGGGAAAGCUGAGACAAUAAUGUACUUGUCUAUAAAAAAAAACAUAUGAGUUCUUUUUUUAUUUCAAUGUAUGUUUUCUAAACUGUCUGUCUUGUAAAUUAACUCCUUUUCGUCAUAAAAGCAUGAUGUAACUCUGUCAAAAGUG